GCGCGCUGUUCCGUUUGCUGCGCAAUAAGCGUUCAGUUUGCUUUGGGGUCUGGUCUGUGGCCAAUUAGAGCGAGGGGUAUUGUCUCCUGGAAGGAGCGGAGCUUCGGGCUGUUUGUUUGGGUUACUGCGAUCAGCUGUGAGGGAGAGACCCGGGCAGGUGCAGCUCGGGAGCUUCGGGAUGAGAAUUGUCCCUGCGGAGGAUCAGUGAUGGAGGUCCGGUGCGGGGGUCUGAUCUUCAGCUCCAAGUUUGACUCGGGGAAUCUGGCCCGGGUGGAGAAGACCGAGAGGUCCGAGGGCGAUGCUGACGCUUCCGGUACCGCCGCGGGAACCAAUCCGGGACAUUGGGGCUCCCCGGCCGCCGACUACGAGUUCAAUGUGUGGACCAAACCUGACUGCGCCGAGACGGAGUAUGAAAACGGCAACCGAUCCUGGUUUUAUUUCAGCGUACGCGGCGGGGCCCCUGGGAAACUCAUUAAAAUCAACGUCAUGAACAUGAACAAGCAGAGUAAGCUUUACUCCCAGGGAAUGGCGCCCUUCGUCCGCACCGUCCCCAUUAAGUCCCGGUGGGAGCGUGUCCGAGAGCGCCCCGUGUUCCAGAUGGUGGACAGCCAGUUUGUGCUGUCCUUUGUUCACCGGUUCCCGGACUGCCGCGGCGCCACCACGUACUUUGCGUUCUGCUUUCCCUUUUCAUACGAGGAGAGUCAGGAGAUGCUGGCCGGGCUGGACGAUCGCUUCUCCGACUGCAGACACAUGACUCCCGGCAGCCGCCCAGACUCAGUCUAUUACCACCGAGAGCUGCUGUGCCACUCCCUGGACGGCCUCCGCGUAGAUCUCCUCACCAUCACGUCCUGCCAUGGGAUGAUGGAGGAGCGGGAGCCCAGACUGGACAAGCUCUUCCCCGAUAAAUGCACUCCGCGGCCGUACCGCUUUGCUGGGAAAAGGGUCUUCUUCCUGAGCAGCCGCGUUCACCCGGGAGAGACGCCAUCUAGCUUUGUGUUUAAUGGCUUCCUGGAGUUGAUUUUGCGGCAGGACGACCCUCGGGCUAUCAUGCUGAGACGCAUGUUUGUCUUCAAACUCAUCCCUAUGCUAAACCCUGAUGGAGUGAUGAAGGGGCAUUACAGAACAGAUACCAGGGGUGUAAACCUGAACCGCCAGUAUCUCAACCCAGAUUUUGCGCUUCAUCCGUCGGUUUAUGGGGCCAAAUCCGUCCUGCUCUACCACCACGUUCAUAAUCGUGUCCGGCCAGAUGGUCCUGACUGGAGGAGCUCGGGGUCGCUUCUGCCCUCCAGUGUCGCUCUCCAGCCGAAGACUUCCAAUCAUUCCUCACCGGACUGCCUGAUGCCCCACGAAGACACGCUGUCGGAAAUCGAGAAGGCGAAGAACCUUCUCAACAUCAUGGACAGGGGAGGUCCGUACAUCUCCUUUACUCAGGGCCAAGGGCCAUCCCAGGAGGCCUCACCGCAGAUCCUGUCUGGCUGUGGGGACUUUGCCGGGGAGGAGAAAGUGUGGUUGUUGGAGCCACUGGCUGGGCAGGGAGAGGGUUUACUCCUCUCAGACCCGGCCCCGUCUAUUCCUCCUGAGGAGAGCGGCGUCGCCUUCUACGUGGACCUCCACGGCCACGCGUCCAAGAGAGGCUGCUUUAUGUAUGGCAACUAUUUUUCCGAUGACAAUGACCAGGUGGAGAACCAGCUCUAUCCCAAGCUCAUCUCUCUCAACUCUGCGCACUUCGACUUCAUGGGGUGCAAUUUCUCCGAGAAGAACAUGUACACCAAGGACAAAAAAGACGGGCAGUCUAAGGAGGGAAGCGGCCGCGUGGCCAUCCACAAAGCCACAGGGAUAAUCCGGAGCUACACACUGGAGUGCAACUACAACACCGGCCGCUGCGUUAACGCCAUCCCUGUGGCGUGUCACGACAACGGCCGCGCAAGCCCACCACCUCCUCCAGCAUUCCCACCCAAGUACACCACGGAUAUCUUCGAGCAGGUGGGCAGAGCUGUGGCCAUCGCGGCUCUGGAUAUGGCGGAAUGUAAUCCGUGGCCCCGGCUCGUCAUGUCUGAACACAACAACCUGUCCAACCUCCGGGCCUGGAUGCUGAAGCACGUGCGCAACACCAAGGGUACCGGCAGUGGCCCGUCCAAGAAAAAGGGCCCCAGAACCCCACCCAAGGCCUGCAACUUGGCGUCGAGUUCGUUAUCCGAGAACAGUCUGAUGAGGGCCAGAAGCUUCAGCACCGGCACCACCACCAGCGGCAGCAGCCUGCAGAGCUCCCCCCAGGCCAAACCCUCGCCCAGCUUCACCUUUCUCUGUAGUGGCAGCGGCCAGAGCCCACCCAAAGCCAGCCACAGGGUGCUGGGUCCAGUGAGAGGUAAGCCACGCGCCCGGCAGGGCUGGCACCCCAUCUUCUCACCCAUUGGCUUAAUCUGGCAUUGCUGUGGGCGAAAGCCGUUCUGAGGAGGCCCUUUAUCCCAAGAAAGCCAGGAUUUCCAUAAUAACCAGUACCCCCCCCAAGGCCUAAUGAUCCGUUCCCGGCAUGAGUUUUGUGGCGUGUUUGAUCCUGUUUAGAUUUAAGAGGGGAUUCGCAUCCAUUUUCGAUUCGUUCCCAACGUUGUGUUAACGUGACAUCAUAGGAGUGACGCGUUCGCUCAUUACCCGC